GUACUCCGUGAUUGUCCUGUGCAAGGUGCCGUGUGGGUAAGAGGAGGAAAGAAAAGCUGGGAUUAAAAGCUGGCUGUAAAUAAAGAAGCUACUGCAGAGGUUUAAAUCCAGUGUGGAACACAAACAUGAAGCCAGCAGACACGAUGUAGCCUCCCUGCCUGUGUGUGCCGCUGCUCAACUAUUAGGUCAUUAUGUCAAAACAGCGCAUUCGUUUAGAUGGUCUUCAGGACCCAGAUCACUUGCUGUAUGUCUCUCUACUGAUCCUUGGCCUUGAUCCUGUUGGUCUGGAACACAAACUGAAAACUCCAGUAAAUCAGAAGUGUUUUUCUCGGAUAAAUAGAAAACUUGGAGAUGCCAUCCUCCACUUUAUAUAUGUUAGUCUGGACCGUGAGAAAGCUGGGAAGAUUUUCCGUGACUGUUGGCCAGUGCUGGACAAGAAACGUGAAUCACAAUUCUAUAAAUCUGCAUUUGAAUGGUACAAGACCUUGCAGCAGAGUUACAAGCAGCCUGUUCCAACCGUCAUGACCAAGACCUUCAUGGAACCAGGUGGCCCCAGGUUCACCUCAACACUUGUGACCCUUGCCCGAAUAGCUCUCCAUACUUGGAUGAAUAAAAGAGGUCCAAGCCGCACACUCCUCAAUGCCCCAACUCACUGUCGUAAUCGAGAGCAGAACUGGCAGACCUUGCGGAUACUCCAGGCCUUUAAAGUUGCUCAUGCUCAGAAUUACAUUAUGCAACAAAGAAUUCGUGAAAAUGUCUUAGUCACCCUAAAAAACAAAGCAAGAGAACUGUGUAGUAAUUACCGAAGAUUGUGCAAAGAAGGAGAAGCAGCUUCUCUGGAGUUUAAUGAAGUGCUAAACAACAAUUCGAGACUUGCCCAUCAUCAGAAGGAGCUAUUUGCUUCAGCCUCUCCAGCAGCAAUACAAAAAGCUGUUUUAGGAGACAUUUCAAGUAUGAAUGACUCUAUUAGCAAAUUGUGGGACAAGGUUGAUCACUUCCAACAAGUUGAAGAGUCUGCAUGGAAGGUGCUGUGCCCUCUGUUAGAUGGUUCCACCUCCCUCACUCACAUCAAUGGCUCUGUAUAUUCACCUCAGGUUCCUGAGAUGGUAUAUAAGACUCAUGCUAAUGCAAUAAACAAGCUGAAGCUCCAAGGCUUGUACCAUGAAGGAAAACUAGAUCUUUUAAGUCUUGUGCAGUACUCCACUCUGGCACUCACUUCUCUUCUAGAUACCUUCCACAACACCCACAGCCAUACUCAUACAGAAUCACUUGAUAAAAUAAGAGCUCAGUCAGGGCAAGUGACAAGCCUUGAGGAGACUGUGAACCAGCUCACUGACAGUCUUAAUGCACUGCUGCCUUCAAUCAACCAGUCCUUUUCAUCCAGUUUUCUCAGUACAUCAAGCUUACCUACUUUGGAAAGGAUUGGAUUAGGAAAACCACAACUCUGCCCUCCAACACCACCUUUCACCUUAUUAAACAAGCCUCUACCCAUGAGUACAACCCAUGUUCCACUCCAGCUCACUCCAAGUGUGCAACAACUUCCACCAAGACAUGUCAAGGAUGGCUUUAAUACAACUCCAAGGAGGCUCCUGUGUGACAUGGGGAUGAUCUAUGCUAGCAGGAAGUCCCCUAAGGCAAAUGUUAUGUAUUCUGCCAUCACUCACAAGGAUGACUCUAUCAAGGUGAUUGAAAACAUCCAAGAAGAUACCUCAGAGCAAGGUCUGAGCUUGGAAAUGCUAACCGCUGAUUUACGGGGCCAUUAUCAACAGAAGAAAGAGCAAACCCUGCUUUUAAGUGAUCAGAGAACUUACCAGAAACAAAGAGGUAUUGGUCAUUCUUUGCCCAAGAGAUGUUUUGCUGAAAAUUAUGUUGAAAAACAAGUCAAAACACCCAUGAAAUUAUUGGCUGCACCAAUGCAUCAAGAUAUGAAGGAACAAGAGAAACCAGAAAAGACACAAAAUAUGAAAUGCAGCGUGGAUGCAGUUGAGUCUCCUGAUGAUACAUUAAUUGAUAAGCUAGCAAAUGGUAUUGCUGAAGAAUUAACUAAGUGUGAUGGCUUUGGAAGCAAAGAAGUACUCAAUUCGUGGAAUGAAACAGGCAGCAAAGAUUCUACACUGAAAUCAGUGUGUGCAGGAAUGUCAAAAGAUUCUGAUGCCUUAUCAGAUGCUAUACAGGAUAUGAAUAUUAUAAAGAAAUUUGAAAAAUUGGACAAAAGUAAAGAUUGUCCUCCAAAUAUAGCUUUUCAAAUAGAUUUCAGGCAGGCUGAUGUCCAGUUCCAGAGCAGAAACCACAAAUAUCCACUCCCUCUAGGUACACCAAAAAAACAAAAUGGCCCACUUUCAGAGCACCAAACCCAGCUUGCUGAUGUAAUUUUAAUCCCCAAAAUUUUGGAGGUCAAUAAUUCUUUAGAAAGAAACACAAGCAAUGCUCCAAAAACUCUUUUUAUUGGUCAUGAAAAGGUAGCUGAACAUUCACCAUUUAGUGACCAAAGACCUUGUGUAACAUCAGAAGAAAGGAAAGGAUCAGUCCUUAGAUUUGAAAGGAGGUGGCAAGAUUCAACACCAAAUCUUCAAGAGAGACUUCAUUUUGUAACUCAGACACCUGACAAAGGGAAUUGGUCCCCUGUUGGAACCAAAAUACCUUCCAGAUUUGAUGGCCUUGAUGUAUCUCCACAAAGUAAUUGUUUUGUUCCAAGUAUACCUAGUGAUAUUUCCUGUGAAAACAGGAAUCAAGGUGAACUCUGGUAUCAUUCCAAAGCAAAGUUAGAUUUUUUGCUUAAAUUGCAGAACUCUUCACAGAAAUAUGAUACUUUGUUGUCACAGGAAAAUCCACAAGUAACUACAUCAAAACCAAGCUUUAUAUCUUAUGUUGAAAAUCUCAGAAAAUCACAGAAAGCUAUUUCAUCAGAAGAAAAAAGUAAAACAGAAAGAAACAAUAACCAAAAUAUAUCAUGUAGCAGCAAUACUGAAUAUAAAGUUCCAGAUAUGUACUCCAAUGGCUGGCCCACUGAAACUGUGAGCAAGGAGUAUUAUGAUAACUUUUCCAGAAUGCAGAGUUUACUAGAUCUUGAUGAAGAUACUAUCAUUGAUGUCAAUAAUUCCAAGCAUGUCAAAGACUGGCUUCAACAAGAUGAAUUAUUUGUAAGUGCAGAGGAUGCUAGCCAGCAGUUUGAGACUCAAAGAAGACAAUCAUCAUCCCUCUUACCGGAGGCUUCUGUGUUUGAUACUCUCACAGACUCCAUCCUUAGUGGGGAAAUGGAUGUGGCUCUGCUUACUGACAAGAAUGUCAGUAAACAGAUACGAAGAGAGAGUUUAUCUUCACGUCGACAAUCAGUUGCCAACAUGAGGAGACUUAGUUUGGAAUCCACUAAACACCCAUUAGGAUCUCCAAGUUUCCUCUCAGAAGACUGCUCAGGCAUUUUUGAUGAGAGUAGUGAUUGUCUACUAUCAACUUCUCUGGAAGAUAUGUGAUGCCACAGAAAUGUACCUUCUAAGAGUUAUCAAUAUAUUAAUGUUAUUUCUACUUUAGAUAAUGUUGGACUAGAUGACCUAUGUGAUAUUGUAUUAGACCAACUAAAAUAGGAACAUUAUAUAGUUUAUAAAGAUGGUAUAGUCUAAUAUAAGAUGUAUUUUAUUUUGGAAAAGUAAAAUCAAGAUAUUUAUGGUAUGCUGAAGCCUGAAAAGAUUCUUUCAAGAUGUUUGCUGUUCUCUCAGAAAACUUCCAGUAACAGGGUGUCUCUUGAAAGCGCUUAUGGUCUUUGAAUUUUUUAUUUUCUUACAACCUGCAUUAUGUAUUCACCUAUAAGAAAUGAGGCCAUAAUAUUGAAUUACAAUUUAUACAUACAUAUGUGCAUUUACUUGGAGUAGUUAUUAUUAUUAUUAUUAUUAUUUUAGGACAUGUAAAAAAAGUAAAUAAAAUACAUAUAGAAGAA